CGACUGAAAUCAAAACAUGAUUAAAUAUUUCAAAUAUCAACGAAAAAUUACUGGACAAGGGAAUUCAUAAUGUAAUGCUACAUAAUUUUUAAAAAAUAAACAAGUACUCUUCACUAACAAUUGAAGCUAACUGUUGGGAGUCUGCUGAAUAAGAUAUUAUAUUCUUCGGCCAACGUAGCGUUUAACUUAUACCCACAUACUAGUAUAAGCUGUCCAUCGGUGGUGAAUCAUCGUCACAAGUUUGGCUUGAAGUCAGUGUCAGUACGUACUCAACGGAGUCGAAGUUACCCUGCUAAAGUAGUUAGUCUCUUCGUGUCAUAUGAGUUCUACAUAUUUAGUAUACGUUUAAAUUAGAACGUAUGAGGCAAGCUUAAUUAGAAAGCAUGUUUAUGCUGCAGAGUUAUCAUAGAGAGUACAGUGAAAAGCAAACAUAAACUUAUAAAAAAGUGGAAACAAGACAAAACAAUUGUGGUCAAAUGUUUAUGAUUUAAUGCACAUGAGAAACCAUUUUGUGUAACAAAGUACGUGUUGCAGUGCGCCGCCCGUUCGAAUGUUGUUUAGUCGCUGUUAUUAAGGUGGCGGCGUCGAAGCGGAGAUAAAACAUAAAAACAUAGAGGCAGUAGAAAAACGAAACAAUCUGGUGCCAGGCAGCAAAUAAGGCGAGAGUCACCGAACCGACCAUUUUCCACUCACAUGCAACUAGCCAGCGGUUCAUAGUGAAGAAAAAGUUGAUGUUGACUAAUCUUGUAUUAGAUUCCUUAGUAUGUCAGAACGCCGUGGUACAAAAGCUUUAGAACUAUGGUGUCGACGCGUCACCGAAGGUUAUAAGGAUGUUUGUGUAACAAACAUGAGCACCUCCUGGCGAAACGGACUUGCUUUUUGCGCAAUUAUCCAUAACUUUCGCCCGGAUUUGAUAGACUUCACAACUCUUAACAAGGAAAAUAUCUACGACAAUAAUGAAUUAGCUUUCACUAUUGCUGAGAAACAUCUUGGAAUUCCUUCUCUGUUGGAUCCUGCUGACAUGGUAAAAUACGAAGUGCCUGACCGAUUCUCAAUACUAACUUAUCUAUCGCAGUACUACCGUGUGUUUAGUAACCAAGAACCUGCUAACAAUAACAAGAAAACAGUAACGAAAGAGCCGAAAUCUGAUGACUUGAUGGCAAACCCCAGUGCUUUUGUCGGUGUCCCAAAGCGCGAACCAUGCCGGAAGUGUGGCAAUCCAGUGUUUUUCGCCGAAAGAAUCAGUUUCGAGCAAAAACUAUAUCAUAGAUCCUGCCUAAAAUGCGCACGCUGCGGUACGCAGCUGACACUGGGUAGUUUUUAUGAGACGGAAACCGAUGGAGAAUACUGCUGUGAAACAUGUCCAGACGAGGAAAUUCAGUUAGCAGAACGACGUCGCUCAUCAUCUUCCCCGGAAAAGGGCGAUAUUGCACUGUCUAGUAAAGAUGACAAAAAUCAGGAGAGCGCGAGACUUAGUCGAAGUAGUAAGAUGUUGGAACGUAUAUCUUUUUUUGAAUCAGCACCCUUGAGUGAUGAAGAGAAAACAUCAAAUUUAGUCAGGCGUGCCAGAAUGACUAGCUUUUUGAAGGAUUCACUGAAAAAACCGGACGAGCAAGACAGCGAACCAGAAACUAAAACAAAAGAAUCCAUAGAGUCUAAGCGCUUGUCUGAAAGCGAAGAAGAUUCUAGCGAAGCAGACGAAAAUACGGAAUUGCCAACACUCGGGCCAUCAGAACCUCCACCUUUGCCAGUUUCUCACCCACCUUCGGUAUAUUCUUGUACAUCUUCGGCAGAAAUACCGGCAGAACAAAGCAGAAGCGAUGGCAUUUCUUGUGACGAAUCGAGUGAAAUUAAAAACGUAACGGCGACUAAUUUAGAGAAUGAGAAUGUAGAAUUGAAUGCAGUCACCGAUCUGCAAAGUUCCGAAGAUACGAUCGGGAACAACGUAGAAAAUAUCAAAAAAGCCACAAUUAGACAGGAAAAUGAGUUUGAGGAAAAACUACAAGAGACUGAAAUAACAAGUGAUGAUCAAUCAAGUAAUCAGGAAGCAAAGGAUCCUAUAAUAAACGACGUUGUUUCGUUUGAAAGUAUAGAGUCCGAACCAGCACAAGUAAAACCCUUUGAAAUUGCAGAAGCACUGAAUGAAGUAGUCCUUAAAGAUAAUAUUAUACUAGCACAAGUGCCUGACGAAGAGACACACGGCAAUAAAACUGAACAAGCUCCUACGAUGGUAGAUAUCAAUGACAAAUCUUUAGCGUCAAUUACUCCAGAGAAUGUUAUGAAUCAAAAUAACGAUGACUCCAAAGAGGAAUACCCAUCGGAUUUGAAUCCUUUUUCUGAUGAAUCUGAUGAAGAUCGUUUGCAAAUUAACAAAAAGCCAGUUCCUACCGCACGAAGAGUUAGCACAAAUCCGUUCGGCAGUGACGAUGAAGAAGAAUCUCAGCCUAUGAAUGUAAAACCACCAAGACCACCACUACCCAAAAUCAAACCUGUUGUGCCUGCUAAUCCAUUUGACGAUGAACACGACGAUGAACCGGAAAGGGAAAUCGUACCUGUUAUCGUAAAACCUUCGCCCCGAAGAACACCUGUCCCGACACCUAGAAAGCAACACAACCAUAAUGAUUCGAUCAGCUCGAUGGAAACGUCGUUGUUGUCAAGUCAAUUUGGGGGAUCCACUGUCUCACUUGCUUCCUCCAUGGAGAGUGGUCCAUCGUCGACUACAGCAAACCGCCGCAAAAAAUCUAAAGCACCUGAUAUACCAAAUGUUGCCAUAAUGAAGGUUUCUAAUGAAAAUCUGUCCUCAAUGCAAUCAACCCCCCGUAAAAAACGACCCGCACCUGCACCACCAGUCAUAACCUCCACUCCGCAACAAGAAAACUCAAGGUCCUCACCGAACCCAAACCAACGGUUGAUAACCCUUGAUGCAAGUUUGUUUAACAAUGAAGGUGAAUCAAAGGAAUCGUCUACUAAAGUAUCAAGCAGCGAAUCUGUAGUAUAUCGGCGUACCAUCAUCCCGUUGAAAGUUGAUGAUGAUAGCCCAACACUGGAAGCAACCACCAGUGAACGUCAAUGGGAAAAAAUGAAAGAUAAUAAGGAAGCUCAGAAUCGGAACCGUCAAUCUCAGACGUCACCAAUCGGAAACUUUCAGCCAGAAUCCUUUAACAGUAUAAUGACCAAUAAAUCCCAGCAAGGUAAGUGGAAGCGUCGUAAAGGACCAGCGCCUGCGCUUCCGAUGCCAUUGCCUGAGCGCAAAACUAUCAAAAUGCUGCCAUUGAAAGAGAUUCGACAAGAAAUGGAUAUUAUCGAAACCCAACAACAAGGACUAGAAAAACAAGGUGUCGUGCUUGAGCAGAUGAUUCGUGAACGGUGUGAAGGUGUCGGGCCAGAGAUGGAUAUAACCGGAAUUCAAAGCAAUUCUAAGGAGGUAGAAGAUUUGAUCAUGCAACUGUUUGAAUUGGUGAAUGAGAAGAAUGAACUAUUUCGAAGACAGGCAGAGCUGAUGUACCUACGUCGACAGCAUCGUCUCGAGCAGGAACAAGCUGAUUUAGAAUACGAAAUCCGUCUUCUAAUGGCCCAACCAGAACGUAAUAAAACCGAUUCCGACAAAGAAAAAGAGGAAACAUUAAUUACGCGUUUAGUUGAGAUUGUCCAAAUGCGAAACGAAGUGGUAGAUUGUCUUGAAAUGGAUCGAUUGCGCGAAGCUGAGGAGGAUAUGAGUAUUAAACAGAGCAUAGAAGAACGAACAGCUAACCAGCAAAAACACGGGAAGAAAGAUGCAGAUACGGAAAAAUUGGCAACUGGUGACUUCUCUACAAAGCUUUCCAAGAAGGAAAAAAAGAAAUUAAAAGACGCGAAGAAGCUUCUUAAAAUGAAAAAAAUUGAUUUAGAAAAGGAUGCUGAUGAAACCGAGAGCAGCACCAAAGAAAAGAAGAAGAAGAAGAAAUUUUUUGUCGACUUUCUACACCACAAGUGAUUAAACGCUGGAAAUAAAAGAGUUUGAGUCCAUCCGAUUAUACGUUUAGAAACUGCUAUUUAUUAGUACGAACGGUAGUAUUUGAACAAUACGUUAAAUUAUCAGCAGAAACAGUGAUCUGGUUUUUGAACACUGAAAGUUAAAAGAAAUUCUGCUGUAAUCAUGCAGAAGCCAAGCUUCGGCGAUUACCCACGACAAAUAACACAUUCCAGUUCAAUGUUGGCUUCAAUCAUGCCUCCCAAAUGAUCUUUAAAACAUUUAGUUGAUUAGCUGUAUAGACAUCAUAUAUUUCUACAUUGUAUUUCUUUCAUUUUAAUAUUGUUAUUAAGUUUUGUUUGUUCUUUGUGAUUGUCUCAUUUGUCAUUUCAAUAAGCAUUUAUCUAGACACAAGAUUUGCUGCCGAUUGCAGAUGUAUAGAAUGCCUUAUCCUAGUUUAUUCAAUUUCUAUCAGCUCCUUUUUUUAUUAUGUACA